AUGGAGGAUGCAACAAUGGAAGAUGGUGAGCUAAAGCAGAAGGAAAUCAAUGUUGGAUCUAGUGAAGGAUAUAUUAAUGAUAGUAGAAUCAAUACAGAGGAGGGCUUCAGAGACUCAACCUCUAAAUUGAAAGGGUUGUCAGAUAUUGAAUUUGAAUACGAAAGGGGUUCAGAUGAUGAACCAUAUCUAAUUGAUGAACUGGAGAAUAAUGAUCCUAGAAGCAUCAGCCAAUCAACUAACGAAGAAACAAAUUUUUCCCUUUUCAAUGUUUAUGGACCGACUAAGAUAGAAGAAAAGAAAAGGGUCUGGAUAGAAAUCUCAAAUCAGUUUAGAAAGAUUGAUUUGGAGAAAGCAAUAGUGGUAGUAGAUUUCAAUGCAUUACUCUACAAUGAAGAAAAAUUCGGAGGUUUAAGUAUGAACGCUCGAGUGAUGGAAGAUUUCAGAAAUUUUGUAUCAGACAAUGACCUUUUUGAUGUAGUCCCUAAAUCUGGAAAAUUUACAUGGACUAAUAGGAGGGCAAAUUUUAGUAGAAUUUCCGAGAGAUUGGACAGAAUAUUUGUUGGAUCAUUCUGGUUAAGAGAUUUUAAAGGCACUCCAAGUUAUUGUUUUAUCAAAAAGAUGAAAUAUCUCAAGAACAAAAUAAAAACUUGGAAUGAGGUAUCCUUCAAGAAUAUUUUUGCUGAAAAACUGAGGGUGGAAGCGGAUCUAGAUAGGAUCAAUAAUUUGGUGAUCGAGAAAGGGAUGUCGAAUGAAGAGUACCAUGCUGAGACUUCCCUUAAAGCUGAACUGGCAGAAAUCCUUCUAAGAGAAGAAAUUUUUUGGCGGGACAAAUCCAAAGAAUUAUGGAUAGAUGCAGAAGAUUCAAAUUCGAAAUUCUUUCACGCCUCCUUAAAAGCAAAAAGGAAUAAAAAUAGAAUCAUCUAG